AUGGAAGCCCCACGUUGUACCUGCCAUCUUGUCCUGAAUGACAAAAACGUGCCCACCGGAGAUAUCGCCUUUGUGAAAGGAACUCCGUUUGAUUUUUGCCAAGGCAAGAAAAUUUCACAGGAUAUGCCAUCGUCGGGGUAUGACAACUAUUUUGUUGCGAGCGACCAAGAUACACUGAACGGUCCCGUGCUGCCCCUGUUGACAAUAACCGCGCCAGCCGGAGAGCACGGGCCUGCAGUCACAAUGGAGGUCAUAAGCAACCAACCGGGAUUUCAGAUGUACACUGCAAAUGGCUUCAGUGGUGACGGGGCUGGCAGCUUCGAGAAACAUGGAAGUAUUGCAAUUGAACCAAGUGGCUAUAUCGAUGCCACCAAUCACGUGAAUUUCCCUACUGCCACGCUAAAUCCUCACGAGACAAGGAAGCAGGUAAUCACCUACCAUUUCACAACCCUUUCCACCUAG